AUGAGCCAGCGCCGCAGGACGGCCUCCGGUCUCUGGAAGAUCGUGGUGUGGGACGAGCCCUUCUUCCAGGGCAAGAGGCACGAGUUCACCGCCGACUGCUACAGCACGCCGGAGCGCGGCUUCAGCACCGUCCGCUCCUUCAAGAUCGAGAGCGGGGCCUGGGCAGGCUUCGAGCACUGCGGCUUCCAGGGGCAGCAGUUCGUGCUGGAGCGCGGCGAGUACCCGUGCUGGGAGGCGUGGAGCGGCAGCAACGCCUACCGCGUGGACAGGAUGUGCUCCUUCCGCCCCAUCGCCUGCGCCGACCGCCGGCGCAGCCGGCUGCUGCUCUUCGAGCAGGAGAACUUCCAGGGCAGGAGGGGGGAGCUGAGCGACGACUGCCCCUCGCUGCCCGCGCUGGGCUGGGGCAGCAGCGCCGUCGGCUCCUUCCUCGUCUGCUCCGGCGCGUGGGUCUGCUCGCAGUACCCGGGGUACCGCGGCUUCCAGUACCUGCUGGAGAGCGACAGCGGCGCCGGCGAGUACAAGCACGUGCGGGAGUGGGGCUCCCACGCGCAGACGGGCCAGGUGCAGUCCAUCCGCAGGGUCCAGCAGUGACCGCCAGCACCGCAGCCACCCGGCCCUGUCCC